AUGGACAUGCAAAAAAUAAUUCUUUUGUUACUCCUCAUAUCCGGAACAACAGCAAGAAAAAGAGUGAGAGCAGAGUGUUGGUUUGAAGGCAAUUUCUGGAAUGGUUUCGCAGAUGAACUUGAUGAACGUAUUGCCACAAAAAUCAAAGAAACUAGAAAGGAAAUUGACAUGCGUCAAAUCUCUUAUGUUCUGCAAAUGGAAGAGCGAUAUGACAACGCUUCCUACCUUCUGGUGAUGGUUGUAGGAAAAAAUGGAAGGACGCUUUGCUUUAAAGCACGCGUGGCAGACCAGCAUGUUCUCUCUUUCGCCGAAAGCGAAAGGAGGUGCAGUUACUAUUUGAUGAAAUGCCAAAACAAAGGAAUCCCCAGAGGAGUGCUCACUGAGAUGCUUGGAAUGGAUAAAGCGCCGUAGACAUGUGAAAUAUAGUUUCUUUGUUGAAGAAAACUAAAGAAAGGC